UUCUAGUGUAACAGUUGAAGUCACAACACAACACAAAAAUGUUCCGCUUUAUCCUUGUUACCUCCGCAUUGAUUGCCUGCGCUUGCGCCGGUGCCUUGAAUAGUGAUAUAUUAGCGACUGGCAAUAGUUACCUCGAUAUCACUCCAGAGGGCAACUAUCAGUAUAGUUUGGAAACCUCCAAUGGUAUCUCUGCCCAGGAGUCUGGACUUGCUGGUCACUCUGUUCAGGGUAAAAGCUCUUACUACUCGCCGGAAGGUGAACUAAUCGAGGUGUUCUACGUUGCCGAUGAGAAUGGAUACCAGCCCCAAGGCUCUCAUCUGCCCACUCCACCACCAAUUCCAGCAGCUAUCCAGAAAUCCUUGGAAUACAUUCGCACUCACCCACAGUACGAUGAAGCCCAACAACAACAUCAUCAACAACAACCACAUCGCCAACAACAACAACACCGUGCUUCAUCUUUCGGUAAACCAACUAAGUAUUUCGGUUAAAUGUGAAAACCCAUUCGAAUUAAGAAAUAAUUCAAUUCUGAAAGCUUUCAUAAUAUGUAUGUUUUUAAAUAAACGAACGUGAUGUAAUAUAAA